AUGGAAUCUCAACAUAUUCCAAAAUGGAAAAAAUUUUUAGUUUUAAAAGAAGAUUCUAAUAAGGAUGAUAAGAGUGACAUUACUAAACCAAGUUCCAUUAAUCAAGUAGAAAUUCAUAAUCAAGAUAAUAAAAAAAUUAAAAGCAAAUCGAAAAAAGAUAAGGAUAAUAAAAAAAUAAAACUUGAAUAUGAAUCUAAAAUAAAAAAAAUUCCUGAAGAAUUGUCAUCAAAUGGAAAAUUAGUACAAUGGAAAUAUCAUACAAAAGAUUGGAAAUUUCAAAAGAUACGACAAAUAUGGUUACUAACAAAUGUUUAUAACAUUAAUAUGUUUCCUGAUGAAUUAUUUGAAAUAUUUUUGGAUUAUUUGAUUGAUUUGAAAGGAUUAGCUCGUGAAGUAAAUUGA